AUUUCCCUUUUAUGUACAGACGUCAGUUGAUUUUUCUACAUCCCACAUGUCGAUUUUCGUGUCUAAAAAAAGGUGUUGUACGGAUAAACUUUGCUGUCGUUUAAAUGCUGUGAUCCUCGACACCGUUCAAGAACCAAACGAAAAUGGAAUUAAUCUACAUCUUCUUGUUCUGCGUCUCUCUUCUCCUCCUCUUCCUUCAUCGCUCCUCCUCCCGCAGCCUCCCUCCAGGCCCCAUGAACCUCCCUAUAAUUGGCUCUCUCCAUCGCUUAGGCUCUCAUCCUAACCAAUCCCUGUUCGAGCUAGCCAAAAUCUAUGGCCCUCUUAUGACUCUCCGCCUUGGUUGUGUCACCACCAUCGUUGCCUCCUCCGCUGAAACCGCCAAACAAGUUCUCCAAAUACACGACCAAAACUUCUCCGACCGUACUGUUCCUGAUGUUGUCGCCUCCCAGCCUAACCCUGAGUCAACCCUUGCAUGGGCCCUAGGCGAUAGCAGGUGGCGCAACCGCCGUAGGAUAUGCAACACCCAGUUGUUCACUGUACAAAGACUCAACUCUCUUCAACACCUUCGCCACGAAAAAGUUCAGCAACUCAUUGAACACAUCAAGAAACAACGUGUUUCAGGGUCCCAAGUUAACAUAGGACAAGUUGUUUUCGCUACGGCGCUGAACUUGAUAUCCACUACGAUCUUUUCCAUAGACAUCGUGGACCCUGAAUUCAAUACAGCUCAAGAGUUUAAGAACUUGGUAUGGAGGAUAAUGGAGGAUUCAGCAAAACCAAACUUAUCAGAUUAUUUCCCGAUGAUAAAAAGGUUUGAUUUGCAAGGAAUAAGGAAGCAUAUAAGGCCUUCGUAUACGAGGUUGCAUGAGAUAUUUGAUGAGAUGAUUGAUAAAAGAAUGGAAGCUAAAGCAUCAAAUUCCAUGACCAGAAGUGGUGAUUUGUUGGAUGUGCUUCUUGAUCAGUGUGAAGAGAAUGGGUCUGAUUUCAGUCGCCAAAAUAUCAAGCCUUUGAUCCUGGACUUGUUCAUUGCUGGAAGUGAUACAUCCGCAAUAACAACAGAAUGGGCCAUGGCAGAGCUCCUUAAAAGACCUGAAGUGCUACAAAAGACAAGAAGGGAACUCGCAGAAGCUAUAGGCAAUGAAAGAUCUGUGAAAGAAUCAGACAUGGAUCGACUCCCAUAUCUUCAAGCUGUUGUCAAAGAAACAAUGCGGCUCCAUCCAGCUGCUCCUCUUCUCCUACCUUAUAAAGCCAAAAAUCAUGUAGAAAUAUAUCGCUACAUCAUACCAAAGGACACACAAGUUCUGGUGAAUGCGUGGGCUAUUGGUCGAGACCCCAAAUACUGGAACGACCCUUUUUCAUUUUGCCCUGAAAGGUUCCUUGAUUCCAGCUUAGAUUACAGAGGUCGUGAUUUUGAGUAUAUACCAUUUGGAGCAGGGCGAAGGAUAUGCCCAGGCUUGCCUCUUGCAGUUCGUAUGAUGCACUUGAUGUUAGCUUCUAUGGUCCAUUCGUUUGACUGGAAACUUCCUCAAGGAAUCAAUCCAGAAGACUUGGACAUGCAAGAACAAUUUGGAAUGACUUUGAAGAAAGCUACACCACUUUGUGCUAUUCCUAUUUGGGUGUGAAAAGAGUAAUGAACAAAAAGGGGUAAAUUAUCAUUAUGUAUCUUUCUUGAACAUUUUAAAGUUUAUGCUAAGACCUUUGUAGGAGUGAUUGUCCGGCCAUCCGAAUCCCAAAGAACAAUCACUAUUAAAUAUGUUGAUUGGAUGUA